CGGUAUGCUGCUUGUCAAUGCCAAGUGUUUCCGGCUGAUGGCGUCCGUUGCUAUGGAGACAUAGCAGUAUGGAGACCGCGCGUUUAGAAGCUCCUAGGAGGUAAAGGCGGAUUCCGGAGGUCACGUCUUAUCCUCCGCUCAUCUGAGAGGAGGAUCUAAUUGAAAAGCAUUGCCAUAGAACGCAUAACCAGGUGCGGACAUCCCAGCGUCUCCACAAUGGCGAUCUAUGAAGUUUACUCUCACCCGCUACUUGUUAGAUACAGAACCAGUAUCUGCUCCAAAGCCACGCUCUUCCUCUUAGUGGUGCUGGUAUUGACCUAUAUUCCUCCACUGUUAGUUGCAUAUCGCAGCCAAGGAUUCUGGUUGAAACAAAGCACUUAUGAAGAACAGCCCAAUGUUAAGUUCCGCUAUGAGGCGUUACUCAUUGCCCUUAAUAGUAACAGUGGGGGUUAUGUUGCUUGGAGCACAUUUCAAGCAUUUAACAGCUUAGUGGGGGACAGGCUUCGGAUACCCAAAGUGUCGGUACGAGAAGAAGAUCAAAACCAAGAUGGAAAGAUGGAUCAGUUGAACUUCAAUUUGGAGCUUCCUAUUUUAGCUGUGGAGAAUGUGUAUGGUGUGCAGCUUAUUCUAACCUUCUCCUACCAGCUCUAUCGGAUGUCAACAUUUGUCAUGCAGAGCAUGGCAUUUAUUCAGUAUACCUCUGCUGUUCCGGGAGCCAAGCUUUAUAUCAAUGGAGACCUGAGGCUUCAGCAGAGACAACCUCUAAGACACCAGGGUCUGGAAACCACCUACAAUAUAUCUGUAAUCAAUGGAACAAGCCCAUUCGCAAGUUCUUAUGAUCUGACAAACAUAAUAUCAGCUUAUCAGGAGAGAAACGUGACUACAUUCUUGAGCAAUCCCAACCCAAUAUGGCUCGUGGGAAGAGGCACUUCUGAUCCAUUUGUGAUAAAUGCUGUUAUCCGUUACCCUGUGGAGACUAUUUCAUAUCAGCCAGGCUUCUGGGAGAUGAUCAAAUACGCCUGGAUCCAGUAUGUUAGCGUCCUGCUCAUCUUCCUGUGGGUCUUUGAGAGAGUGAAAAUCUUUGUCUUUCAGAACCAAGUAUUCACUACAGUACCAGCGUCCCAAUACUCUUCAUUCAAACAGCACCAGAGCUGAUGUCAGUUGGUGGCAGUUUUGGUAAAUCCCUUGAGAAUUUAGACAUUUUCUCCACUUGUAAUUGUGCACCUUGGAUUUUUUUUCACUGUAAUUUCACUGUAAUUAUUUUUUGUUUGUAAUUUUUACUUUUUAUUUUUAAACAUUGUAUUUUAUUAAUUGAGACUACCGUGACACAUUGGGCCUCAUAUAUUAACCUUUUAAAGGGGUACUCCCCUGGAAAACAUUUUUUUUACAAGA